CACCCACCAAAACAGAGCGGAGAACUUUGAAAAAGCACAGCUCAACUCCAAGCACUCUGAAAUUGGUGGGAAAUGCGAACCCUAACGCCAAAACGGCCUCGUUUUGCAAGGCUGUGGAGCUUGAAUCCUUCGUCGCUCUCUAUCAGAACCUUGAGCAUUCUCUUCUUCUUCUUCAGAUUACUCCAACCAGUCCCGCGGUGGCCUCCCUCGCUUCUUCUCCGAGCUUCUCCCUACUUCCAAGGGAGGCAUAGUUCGCGUACAAGGCGAUGAGUUCUGGCACAUGACCAAAGUUUUAAGAUUGCGCACAAACGAUAGGGUAGAGCUCUUCAAUGGGAAAGGAGGUUUGAUACAAGGUUUAAUACAGACCAUCGACCGCUCUGGACUUGAUUUUGUGGCAUUGGAAGAUCCAAAGUCAGUUCUUCCACAGAGCACACAAUGGCAUGUAUUUGCAGCUUUUGGUACUUUAAAGGGUGGUCGAGCUGAUUGGCUUGUUGAGAAAUGCACGGAGCUGGGGGCUAGUAGUUUAACUCCUCUGCUGACAGAACGGUCUCCUACUGUCUCAGAAAAUCGACUGGGCAGGUUGCAGCGUGUCAAUAUGGCAGCAGCUAAACAAUGUCAACGGCUGCAUGAAAUGAUCUUGAAUCCUUCAAAGAAUAUUAAUGGUCUUUUACCUCUUGUUGCAGAGUCAAAGCUAGCUUUUUUGGGAGUUGCAGAAGGUACUCCUCUUGUUAGUGCAUUAACUUCGUCAGGAACGGAGUCCAGUGGGUUGAUUGUGGUUGGACCUGAAGGUGACUUCACUGAGAAAGAGGUGAAUGAAUUGAUGCAAGCUGGUGCUAUCUCUGUUGGUCUUGGUCCACAUCAAUUACAGGUUGAAACUGCAACUGUGGCUCUUCUGGCAACUCUCAUGUUGUGGUCUGAUUCUCAAAAAACAUGCGACACUUGAUCUCACUCGCAAGGCAAGUGUUCUUUAGUCAUCUCUUGGAUAAGGUUGAACUACAUUACCUUUUGUGUACCACUUACUUUUGGUCAAUUGUAGAUGACUGUUUGUUUCACCAAUGCUGUUGUUGUUGACCAUAUGAAGGUUAAUUUUAAUGAGGGAUUUGAGCACUGUAAUUUAAGCCAAUUUCUAGAGCACAAUCACCAUGUUACAGAGUUCUCUCAAAUUAAACCUUUUUUCAGAGCACUGUAAUUUUAGCCAAUUUUCAGACUGCUCUCUAACCAUAUUGACAUGGCUGUAGUUUUAAGUAUUUUGAACUUAAAAUUAAACAUGUAGUACUUGGAAGCAGGGUAGGUGUUUCAGCCGCUGGGGGAAUUCCCGAAAGAGUUAGUUGGUGCCGCCCCAAAAAAAUUUGUUGGUUCAGGGCUCGUAGGAAAUGUUGAAACUUGAAAGAAUGUAUGGUGGAUUUAGGUUGUGCACGAAAAAGUAAGUAAAUAGCUGAAACAAAGAUGUAUCAAGAUUACAGCACUUGUUUGUUUUCCCUUUUCCUCCGCUGGCUUACAACGUGCAUCCUCUCAUUUUCUCAUCACCUUUCCUACAAUGUCUUUUCACGCCGUUUUUGUCCAAUUAUUUUGGAUUAAUGAUUAGAACUUAUCCAAAAGACAACUGAUUCUCAACUCUCAUGAAGUAUGGUCUGGUUCUCAAAAAACAAUUGAUCCUUAAUCUCAAAAAACUCACGUGCUAUAAUACGAGUAGAAUAAGUGUAACAUGUACAUCACGUGAGUAGAAUAAGUGUAACAUGUACAUCACGUGAUGGUGUUACUGUUCGAUAAAAGUUAAUCGUAUGCAAUACAAGUUAACCCAUGAUUUCAACACGCGUGCGAUUCUAGACUAGGUAGUCAAACUCCCACUCAAACUAUUUGAUUGACUUGUAAAUUGUGCCGACUAGAAAAUCUGUGUGAUUCAUGUAAGCAAAUGAAGUCUCGUAGCAUUAUUUUUCUCUGUCUUCCUUUUUGUCAUCAUUUCUAAUCAAAAGCUCCACAGUGUAUGAAUGAGGAUUGAUAUAAGGUCCUCCAUGUCAAAAAAAUUGGCUAAGAAGAGUUGCCAAAUUAGUUUGUGCAGAGAAUUCAAAAUGUCAACUUCAGAAGUUAAAACAUACAAACAAGGAUUUGUUUUGUAGUCCAAAUUCUGGCAGGCAGCCUUUCUUAUUCAUUAGGAAGAAGAGGGUGCCGUGCAGAUUGAUGCGCACAUGAUUGAAAAUGGAUUGCUCCUCAGACUUACAUAACUAGAGUCCACGGUCAACAAAGGCCCCCUUAUAAUCACUCGAAAACUACACGUAUGAUUUAUUUAGUUGAAUUUAUAUAUAGAAAUUACUGUUUAUUUUGCUUGAGCACGAAAUCUGCAGCAUACAGGGAGGAGAUAUCAACAAAUUACUGUUUACUUUGGGGCAAUCUGAGUCCAGUUCUAAGGGGCCUCGGUGCUAAACACAGAAAUUUCAAGUGUAAACAAUGGCAUCCAAAGCCUUGUAAGUUUUUUUUUCCCCUGGUUUUAAUCCUUUAACAAAAAUAUAUAGCUUUCCUUUCCGUCAAGGUUUUUUUAGUAAGUCAAAAUUUUCGUGCGGCUGAAGCCCAAAAUUCUGUUGUAAAUCAAAGUAAUCCA